AAGUUCCAUACUUUUUAUGUAAAUGCAUCUGAAGAAAUCUACUGUAACAGAACGACGAUUAAUCGGGAAAGACGAUUCCGAUCCAAACCAUAUCCCUAAUCCGAUUCACCAUCAUCAUCAUCAUCAUCAGAACCCGAAUAAAAAUCGAACCGCCAUUGAUAAAGGCUCUGCCUUCACUGUGUACAAUCAUCCCCAAGGUCAGAGUCAUCAUCACACGGUUGAUAUCCCAAUCUCGACUCCGCACAAAAGGUCAAAUUUCUCUGCCGGUGUUGACCAUUUCCGACGAAGAAACGCACGGGCACGAUUGGGAUCGAUUUCUUCAUUUUUCCCAUCAAAUCUUUUGUCUUUUCUUUCUUCGUAUCGUCCCGUGAUUGCUCGGUUCUUGAGGAAGCUUCUACGUUAUACCCUUCGAGCCCGUUUGAUUUGUUUCCAUCUUCGUUUCUUGCUUCUUCUCGCUGUCCCUCCUUUAUACAUCUUCUUCCUUGUAAUCAAUCUUCGUAUCUUUCUUCGUCUAAUCUUUGCGAUUAUCGCUCUUUCCUUCAUCCUCUCGAUCUCUCUCAAAUUCGCUCUUCCUCACUUACCGUCAAUCCGUCUUUUUGUCGCACGCUUGCUGACCUUUAUCCCUGCCAGAUUCUCUUCCUCUCAGCCGAGCACUACUAACCAAGUGAUUUGGUCCAUUGGGUCGAAGCCAGUUGCGGAGAAUAAGACCAAUUCAGGAUCUUGGGUUCAGAAGUUUGGCACUAAUGAUGUGUAUGAAGGAGAGUUUCAUAGAGGAAAGUGUUCAGGAAGUGGAGUUUAUUACUAUUCUAUGAAAGGCAAAUACGAAGGAGAGUGGAUUGAUGGGAAAUAUGAUGGUUAUGGAGUAGAAACAUGGGCUAAAGGAAGUAGGUAUCGAGGUCAAUAUAGGUUAGGGCUAAGACAUGGAAUUGGAGUCUAUACAUUUUAUACAGGAGAUGUGUAUGCUGGUGAGUGGUCUAAUGGCCAGUGCCAUGGUUGUGGUGUAUAUACAUCUGAGGAUGGAAGUAGAUACGAUGGAGAGUUCAAGUGGGGUGUCAAACAUGGCCUUGGUAGUUACCAUUUCAGAAAUGGCGAUGCAUAUGCUGGGGAGUAUUUUGCUGACAAGAUGCAUGGUUUUGGAGUGUAUCACUUCGCGAAUGGGCAUAAGUAUGAAGGAGCUUGGCACGAAGGAAGAAGACAAGGGCUCGGUAUGUACACUUUCAGGAAUGGGGACACACAAGCCGGUCAUUGGGAAGACGGUGUACUCAGUUGUCCUACAGAGCAGACUAUCCGUCCUGGAUCAUCUUUUACCAUCAGCCAUUCCAAAGUUGUUGAUGCUGUUGAGCAAGCAAGGAAAGCAGCUGAGAAAGCACAUGAAGUUGUGAAAGUGGAAGAGAGGAUCAAGAGAGCGGUGAUGGCUGCAAAUAGAGCAGCGAAUGCGGCUAGAGUAGCAGCUGUGAAGGCUGUCCAAUCCCAAACCUUUCACAGGAAUGGUGAAGAAUCUGCUCAGAGAGCUCUCAGUUUGCUCUCUGAGCCUCCGGAUGGUACUCCUGACAGUCACAGCACUAGCCGUAUUCAUAGUGUAGGCACCUCCAGCCUUAAGUUUGCCACAAUCCUUGCAUCCCAAAAAUUUCCAACAGCCUUCCUCUUAACAGCAUACUUGCCACAGAACUCGCAGAAAAGAAUGGAUCCAAUAUCGGCGGUUAGCGAAGAGCUGGCUGAGAUCGAAGGUCAAAUCAAUGACAUCUUCCGUGCUUUAUCAAAUGGAUUCCAGAAGCUGGAGAAGAUCAAAGAUGCUAAUAGGCAGAGUCGGCAGCUGGAAGAACUCACUGACAAAAUGCGUGACUGUAAGAGCCUUAUUAAAGAUUUCGAUAGGGAAAUCAAAAGCUUGGAAAGCGGUAAUGAUGCCAACACUAACCGCAUGUUGAACGAUAGACGACAAUCUAUGGUUAAGGAACUCAACUCAUAUGUUGCUCUUAAGAAGAAAUACUCAUCUAACCUAGCAAGCAAUAACAAGCGAGUCGAUCUUUUCGAUGGACCUGGAGAAGAACACAUGGAAGAGAAUGUCUUAUUAGCUUCAAACAUGUCCAAUCAAGAGCUAAUGGAUAAAGGAAACUCAAUGAUGGAUGACACAGAUCAAGCCAUUGAGAGGGGGAAAAAGAUUGUUCAAGAGACUAUAAAUGUGGGAACAGAUACUUCAGCAGCUCUCAAGGCUCAGACCGAGCAAAUGAGUAGAGUUGUCAAUGAGCUCGAUUCUAUUCAUUUCUCACUCAAGAAAGCCUCCAAGCUGGUCAAGGAAAUUGGUAGGCAGGUUGCCACUGACAAAUGUAUUAUGGCAUUUCUUUUCCUUAUCGUUAUUGGUGUCAUAGCAAUCAUCAUCGUCAAGAUUGUGAACCCAAACAACAAAGACAUCCGAGACAUACCUGGCCUAGCUCCACCAGCCAUGAACCGACCGUUUGGCAGAGAUGCUCAAGACACGAAGGCCGUUUUGUCUGCGUUGGUGGUGUUUGUCCUUACUGCCUCCACGAACGUCUCUCCUCUCUCUGUCCCGAUUGUCGAUCUACCAUGUUCGUGUACUCCACGCGCCUCCGUGUCUUCUGGUGGAGGAGAUGACGUUCCGUUCGCCGGUAUCGGGUCAGUUGGCCGCGUUGCCAACUUGAUUGAAAGCGAACCGGCGUUUCGGAGAUCGACAUCGGUUCCGUAUUUCUGGUCUUCUAAACCGGAAACGAUAUUAGAAACUGAGUCGGAUCUCAAACCGGGCCGUGGACGCUGGCUCUGGAGACUGUUCAGAGGAAACAGAGAAGAGACGAAAAUAAAAGCUGCUACGGUUAUGAAGAAGUCGAAAUCCGUUGCCGGAGAAGAGCUAUUUUCGCCGGCGCCGGUUGCAAGCAAAGGAAAUGGUUGGUACUUUCCAAGUCCGAUUAAGGUUUUCAGACAAUCAAGAGUCUCCAAAAUGAUUUUUCAACAAAGAUCUCCAUUGUACAGAGGUUAAAUUUUAGGUUUUCUAGUAUGUGUGUGUUUUUUUUUUCUUUUGUUAUACGAAAACGUUGAUUAAUAUUUCUUUUCAUAAUGAAAAUGCAGAUCUUAU